CAUUAUCAUCAGAUAUUUGAAACAUUUUGUCCAGCUUUUAUGGGUGACAAAUAGGUAAAAUAAAAGAUUGAAAGAAAUAUCUUCAGCAUUAUUUAACUUCAAACAAACAUUUUGGAUAUUUAAUUUUUACAUAAAGUCUUCAAGAUAUCGACAGUAAUGGCCGUGUUUUUAUCUGUCUUACUUACUAACACAUUUCAAGUUCAAUCCAUAUUAUAUGAAUAUGAGCACCAAUACAUGUAAAAUGUUGGACACAUAACGACAAGUGAACGAGAAUGUAAGAAUAAGGAAAAGAACGUCCAACAACGAGAGCCAACAGCAAAAAGUACCCAAAGAAAAUCGCACACUUUCAUACAAAAAGAUUUUGUAUAAUGUAGUAAAAAGUUAUCUGAAAAUAAGAAAUCACUCAUUCGAUUUGGAAGCCGAUUUACUGUCGAGGUCAGAAUUCGAAAUAUUUAUUGAAAAGUGUGAAAUAACUAAAAAACUUAUAGUUACAAAAUUUCGAUGAAGUGAAUCAGAAAACUUGAUGAAAAUUCAAAUCGUUUAUGUAUAGUCGUGAAAAAAUGUCAUCACCAUCCGAUGACACCGACGAUUUAAUGGAUCCGCUAGCUGAAGAACUGCGGAACAUAGAAUCUGUGAUUAUUGUUACCAGUCGUAAUAUAGAUGCAUUAAAUGCAAAAUUUGCCAACAGACAAGACCCACCACCAAUGUACAUUACAGAAUAUCACGAGUUAACUUCACGACUUCAUGAACUCGAAGAGAAGAAACUUGAGCUCACUGAAAAGAUACAGCAAAAUGAAUCGCCUGAACCACCAGAAGAGAACCCAGAGGUUCGGAAUAAUGUGGAAACAUUGAGUAGACAACCGAAAAUAUUUCUGCGUGCCCACUUACCAAAUCAGCAGCGCACAUCGGUUCAAGUGAUUCCAGGUCUUCGGCUGAGAGACGCAUUGAGUAAAGCUCUUAAACGGCGUAAUCUAACUUGUGAAAUGUGUGAGGUAACAACACUCAGUCGAGAUAAGCCAAUACACUGGGACACAGACAUAAGCUUGAUCCGGGCUGAAGAAGUUUAUGUCAAAGUUACCGAUAAGUUUCCAAUUAUGACACACAUUUCCCAUCAGUUUGUGCGGAAAACGUUCUUUUCGCUAGCAUUCUGCGAAUGUUGUCGGCGCCUAUUAUUCACUGGAUUUUACUGUACGCAGUGUAAUUAUCGCUUCCACCAACGAUGUGCCGACAAAGUGCCACGGUUGUGUCAUCAAAUACACAUGGAUAGUUAUUAUCAACUUUUAUUAGCUCAAAAUCCUGACUGUGGUAUACCAAAUGCGAAUGGUUUAGGAUUAGGUUAUCAAGAAAGGCAUCCUCGAUCACUGAAUCAACAAGAUCGAUCCAACUCAGCCCCUAAUGUGUGUAUAAACAGUGUAAAAUUGACUGCUGAUCAAUCGAGACUUCUACAACUGGCAAGAGGACCAGUAGAUUUCACUCAAUCAAGUCAAGAACAUUCACAUUCAACACAAGCAUCACCUACAAACACAUUGAAGCAUGUUAAGCGUCAGCGUGCUAGGUCAGCUGACGAAAGUAACAAGAAUUUGCUGUCUCCGCGUGAACAAAAACCGACUGAUGAGAAUUGGAAUAUUCAGGCCGAAGAAAUUUUAAUGGGACCCCGGAUAGGGUCUGGAUCAUUUGGGACGGUGUACCGAGCACAUUGGCAUGGGCCUGUUGCUGUGAAAAUCUUAAAAGUGAAAACACCCAGCCCGGCUCACUUACAAGCAUUCAAAAAUGAAGUUGCUAUGUUGAAAAAAACACGCCACUGUAACAUUUUAUUGUUCAUGGGUUGCGUGAGCAAGCCUUCAUUAGCAAUAGUUACUCAAUGGUGUGACGGAAGUACCCUAUUUAAGCAUAUUCAUGUGAAUGAGACUCGAUUUGAACUCAAUACCUUGAUUGACAUUGCACGACAAGUUGCUCAAGGAAUGGACUAUUUACAUGCAAAGAAUAUUAUACAUCGUGACCUUAAAUCCUACAAUAUUUUCUUGCAUGAAGAUUUGUCAGUAAAAAUUGGCGAUUUUGGCCUAGCUACGGCCAAAGCGCGAUGGUCUGGCGAACAGCAAUCCGAGUAUCCAACGGGAAGCCUAAUUUGGAUGGCACCAGAGGUGAUACGUAUGAGGGAAACCAAUCCGUACUCAUUUCAGAGCGAUGUGUAUGCUUUUGGGAUUGUAAUGUAUGAAUUGCUAACGCUUCAACUGCCAUACAAUCACAUAAAUAACAAAGAUGAGAUUCUACUUAAAGUUGGACGAGGCGUUUUACGACCGGAUUUAUCGAAGGUUCGUUCAGACUGUCCUCAAGCUCUGAAACGUUUGGCAGAAGACUGUAUGAAACUAAAUCGUGACGAACGGCCACUAUUCCGUCUGAUUUUAAAUAUGCUAGAAACAAUGCUAAGAACUCUACCGAAAAUUCAUCGAAGCGCCAGCGAACCAACGUUGCAAACUCAAUUACAUAGCGACGAAUUCCUGUACAGUUGCUCCAGUCCAAAGACACCUGUUAAUUUCCAUUGUUUCCAAUAUUUCGGUGGAGCCAUUUAAAAAUAAAAAUAAUUUAAAGAGCCUCUAGAUUUUAUCUCACUCAAAAAUUGCAUGAAUUGUUCACAAUUUAGGAUAGUAGUGUAGGUUUCACUGACUAUGUUAUGAAAGAGAAGAGUAAGUUUCAUUCGACUUAAAAAUGGUUAAAAGGCGAGUAUGUUCAUUUUUGGCGGGUCAUCGCGGUUUUCUACGGUUUCCGUGCGACUUGGUCUCUUUGAUGAUGAAAUGGAAUGAAAUAAGAGACAACUAUCUUCGGCAAAGUCAUAGAGCACUUCUAGCUCCACAACUUUGCCAAAGAUACCAAGCUGUUAUCUUUAAUCAGUUCUUCGGAAACCCUGGAAAACCGCGACGACCUUAGGCAUUCAAAAGAACCAUCACAAACAUAUUCGCCUUUUCAAAAAAAUAAAUCAAAUAAAAAACAUACUCUAUUCUCAAAUCUCACCCAUAAAUAAUGGGUUCUCAAUCAGUUUAAAAAUAUUUUUUUCCUAUGAAGCUAUUUUCUAAAUUUUAACUGUAACUGUGUUGUCAGAUUGACAAUUUCGGUCAUCCCUAGUGAUGAAAGUAUUGAUGUCAUUUCUAAUUCUCAUUUUUUCUGUAUAUAUAAGAUGGCAUCUAAAUUUAAUAAUAUAACCAACAUGAAAAUUUGGUUUCACAGAAUUUGCAAUAGAGUGACAGCAUAUUCAACCAACUUUCCUUUUAGUUCUGUAUUGUAAAAUGAAAAAAAUAAAAAACCAAGAAAAGACUAUUGAAAUGAA